AGUGACGUCACUUAGCUACAGUCGCUAGAGAGCCACGCACCAUCUGUGCAGCAGGGGUUGCUGUCAAGUGUGUUUUGCUUGCAUGUUUAGAUUUUAUCUGUAACAAUAGCUCGUGGUAAAAAGAAACAAAAUGCAGUGCGUCACAUGUGUGUUUUAGAGACUUUGCAUGACAGUGUCGCGGCACGGCAUGUUUUUGUUUUUGUUUUGAGCUACCACUUGGUGAACACAUUGUGAAGACAUACGACAGACAUGUACAGUCCCAAAGAGCUUGAAGAAGAAGUGGACCACUCAUUCUUUGACAGUGACUGUGAGGAUAAUGGGGCUGGAGAUGGACAGCUCAGUAAACAGGAGAGCUUACAAAUAUACAAUGAAAGGAAAGGUAAAGAGAUGCAUGUUUCGAUGAAUCAGAUUGAAGAUCAGAGUGGUAAAAAUGGAAAAGAUAAAGCAAAAUUGGAGAAUGGUUUACAUCAGGAGAUUAAGCGGCAAUUUGACAGGAAACAAAGCAGUAAUGUACCUUUCAAACAAUCAUCACCAAUCCCAAGUGCCAGAAACUCUGAGAUAAGGAGCAACAGCCAAUCAGAUGAAGGAUCAAGUGUGAAAUCAUACUCAUCCGAUGAGGAACGCGAGCUAGGUAGUGAGGACAGGACACUCAGGAAAAACAGCGAUGGGGAUAUAAAUAGUGAUGAUGACGGAUACCAUCGGAGUGAUGAUGAAAGUGAGGAAGAAGACAGGGUACCAGAGACACAAUCAUCAAAACUUAAGGGGCACGGAACACCUAAAAAAGGUGCUGUUAAAUUACGCAAGCGGAGCCGUAGUCGUUCCUCAUCGUCUGAUUCUGCGUCCUCCCACAGCAGUGAAGAGAGAAGUUCAGUUUACUCGCACAAAUCUCCUGUGAGACAUCACAGGGUUGGUUCAGCUCACCAGAGAGACCGUUAUAAAGAAUCAGAAGAAUCUGAGGAUACGGUCACAGAUGUUACCCCCCUCUCAACACCAGAUGUUAGUCCUGCCCAAUCCAUGGAUUUGGUUCUGCCUUCUGAAACAAACAUUCAGCAAAAUGUUCAGGGAAUGGCAGAAGCGAAUGAAGAGGUUUCCGACGACCAGGGCAGUAUAAGUUCUGAAGCUGAGGAUGAACCAGUAGCACUGUUACAAAUAGAGAAGCAAUUGGACAGGGUGCUCGUCUCCAGCGCUGGUAGUGUCGGCAGCAGACGUAAAAACUAUUCCUUUAGCAACGAGGAAGUUCAGAGGAUCGACCGGGAGAACCAGAGGUUGUUACGCGAGCUCUCCCUUUCAUCGGCACGCUCUCGUAGUGGCAGCUCUACCAUCUCAUCCUCCAGCAGUCGUAAGAGCAGUGCACCACCAAUGCGCCUUUACCACAGCGCCAUCAACAGACAGAAAGAGCAAGAGCGCAUAACGAAGGAAAACCUGAAAGAAAGUCAUAUACAUCUGGGAUGGCAUGAAAGUAAAUAUGCAUUCCUAAAGCGUCUCGAAUCUGUGAAGGCCACUCCUGGCUUAACCCGAGAUGAACAACUAGCAGAUUACCAGCGCCAGUGUCGAUACAUUGGAACGCACGCUACAGCUAUUCCACCACUCAAGACGAAAUCCAGCAAGACAUCUGGGAGGAGUUCUAGACCCUGCAGUAGUCCAAGACCCUGCAGUAGUCCACACAAAGCUAGACCAGAGACGGCUAAACUCAGAGCAACACCACGACCUGCCUGGUCCUGAUCUCAAGAUAUUUCUUACUUUCUCUCUGGCCUACACUUUAACCUAUGUUUCUGUUUACGGUCCGCAUCAUACAUUCUGAAUAAAUGUUUUCUGGAUUGAAAUUUGUCAUUCUGAAUUAUCUUGAUUAUACGCUUCGGUUAUUGUAGGAGAUUUAACAUUCAGGGACCUUAAUACACAGCAUUCCACUUUUAGAGACAUUCAGAGUCGGUCAGUGCCUCUAUUUGUGCAAAACCUUUAUUUAUGUUUUAUGAUGUACUAUAUAUAUAUAUAAAACGUAUGUACGUAAUGUCCUGAUGCACUAUGAUAAUGAUAGACAUGGGGAUUUUUUGCCGUUAUCACAAUAAUUAAUUGUCAUAGUCUGUUUGUAAAAUAUUGUCAGUCUUGUAAUCUAAUGCAAAAUAAAUGCUUUAUUUGUUA